AUGUCUUACUACGACAUUGAUUCCAUUCUCACAGAUGCCGAGAAAGUCCCCUGCAAAUUCGAACUCGAUGUUGCCGACCUCGGAUACCUCGACAAUAAUCCCUCGCAUGCUUUAAAGGCAGGAACCAACGUCAGCCUCCCUCUCUGGCUCGCCGAGAUGCUUGCCCUUGCCAAUGCAGGCACCGGCGACGACUCCAAGGCGCCCGUCACCUUGAACCUUCCUCCCUCACUCUCGAAUCAAGUCGUACAAGCACUCAAGGCCGAUGCGCGCUCGGUGCCGGUUAGAGACCAGAGCGCCCACUUCUACGGACUCGGCACUCGUAUCCUGGAUCUCUUCGACGAGCGCGACCUUAGCGACACCAUGCGAAAGACGUUCAUAGCGCGCGCGUCUGAGAUCGCAUUGCACGCCCGAAAAGGAGGUGAUGAUGGUGUUGGAGGCUCCGGUGAGGAGUUCCUCCGCGGCCUGGAUGAGUGGGAGCGAGGACUUUUCCGAAAAGCUCACGACGGCACAAAGGCUUCCAAGGAAUGGAUGGACAAGGUCAAGAAGCAUUGA